AUGGAACCCUCAGCGGAGAGCCCAGAGGCCUUGCAGGCACGCCAUCGCAAGGAGCAGCGGGAUCUACAAUCGCGGAUCACGAGCAAGAAGAAGAACGCGACGAAGAAGACGCGCAAGGGCGUCAACGACGAAUGCGCCGAGCUCGAGAGACAACUGAAGGGGAAGCAAGAGCAGGAACUGGCCGCGCUGAACGGGGAGACCGUCCAGGAUGAGCUGGAGGAGGAGCCCGAGAUAGAUGCUGUGGCGGACAAGCUGCGGGAUACCUCGAUACCGGACGUGUCGAGCAAUAACAGGGAGGCGGCCGAGAAGGGGGGGGCUGGCAAGAAGCGUAAUCGCCAGCAGGAGCGCAUGGCGCGGCGUCGGGCAGAGCAGGAAGCUGAGGCCGAGGCUGCUGAAAACGAGGCAAAGAACAUGACAGACCACCGAGCGAUAGAGAAGACAUAUCUCUUGAAAGAGUUCAAGGCGAACAAUCUGGUCGAGAAGGAGAUCCAGCCCGACGGGCACUGUUUGUUCUCCGCGAUCGCAGAUCAGUUGUCGCAACGAGACAUACCUUUGGGAGGAGAGCAGGGCCAGCCGCCAUACAAAGUGGUCCGAAGGAGAGCUACAGACCAUAUGCAAAGGCACAGGGACGAUUUCGCGCCAUUUUUAGAAGACAACUUCGAGGACUACGUGAAGAAGAUCCGGGAUACGGCUGAAUGGGGCGGACAACUGGAGUUGAAAGCCCUUGCAGAUGUUUAUGGCGUCGAGAUCAAGGUUGUCCAGGACGGGCGAACAGAGACCAUUGAGCCAGGUGGCAGUGCGCCGGGGGAAAGGCCCAGGAUUUGGCUCGCAUACUAUAGGCAUGGGUACGGACUGGGAGAGCAUUACAACUCCUUGAGGAAAGCCACUUGA